AUGCCACCUCAGGAACCUACCAUUCCAUCGUCGACUCUACUGGCAUCUCAGAACUCAUCAAGCGAGUCUUUGGACUUGAUGAGAAAUGACUAUAUUCAGGGCACAGCAAAAAAAUCAAGUCAUACCGAGUAUACCCGUGAGCAAUUGCUGUCAUUUGCAAAAUGUUUUACAUCAGAUGCAGUAAAGGCAUCAAGUCGAUUUUUCAAAGCAAUCAACUUCAUCACAGCAGUACCCAGCAUUCUCAUUCGAUACGGCCUCUUGUUUCCUCUUCGAUUCCUCACACUAGGCGCAUCAACAAUUGCUUUCUUCAUGACAUUACCGAUUGGCGUUACAUUGAAAAGCAGUGAUGUUGUGUCUCUUUGUGUAAAGUACUACUGUAAAGGCAUCUUGUUUUCAUUGGGUGUCAAAGUGAAUUACAUUGGAAAAAAACCUCAACUGAAUGAGCCACAUGUCUUUGUGGCUAAUCAUACUUCAUAUUUGGACUACAUCUUGCUCGGUGCUCACAAAUUUCCUCACGCUGUGGUGAUGGCCAGACACACGGGUGCAUUAGGAUUUUUGCAAAACAAUGGAUUAAAUUACCUUCACUCUAUGUGCUUUGACCGUGCCAACAUUACAGAACGCAAAGAUUUAUCAGAGAGCUUGAAGAGGCAUGUCAAAUCACCCGAUACCUGGAAGAACCCCAUGAUUAUCUUUCCUGAAGGAACUUGUGUGAACAACAAAUACGCCAUUCGUUUCCAGAAAGGCGCUUUUGAACUGGGCGUCAAAGUGUGUCCAGUUGGUAUCAAAUAUGGACGUUCCUUUGGUGAUCCAUACUGGGACACGCGCAAAGGAUUCAUGCAAUACGCCUACUAUAGAAUGACGAGAUGGAUUACCACAGUCGAUGUUGUGUAUUGCGAGCCAGAGGUGCCUCGUAGGGGCGAGACAGCUGUGGAAUACGGCGAGCGAAUCAAGGACAGAAUAGCAACGAGUGCUGGACUUGAGAAAGUAGACUUCAAUGGCAUGGCCAAGCAAGAUCUGCUGAGAGUACUGAACGAAGAGACUGCAUCCAAAAAGAAGAACUAG